UAUCCAAUCCCCACUUCUGAUGGUCGGUAAUUUAUUUGGUGCUAUUGGCUAUCUUUUGAUUGGACCAACUCCACUUCUGCCUUUCUUACCCAGAGAACUGUGGACGGUGACCCUGGGGCUAGUGUUGUUUGGGCUCUCGUUUGGUUGCUCCAUUGUGCCAGUGAUGAAAUGUUUUGUUAUAGGGGCCAGAGAGCUUGGAUUAUCGGACAGUAUCGAUACCUUCGGCCUAGUCUCUGGACUGUUUAACGCCAUGUAUUCCUUAGGAGCCUUGUCGGGACCGGUGAUAGGCGGAGUGUUGGUGGAGCAGGUUGGCUUUUAUUACGGCUCUACGGUCAUCUCUGGCUUGUAUUUUAUUGUUAUGACUGUCACGAUAGUUUUCUUCUCCUUCAAAAACUUUGGGAAGAAACAGACUACAACACCAUCGAACAUCGCCAAAAAUCAUCAAUCGACAGCCAAGGAAAAAGAUUACGAGGCAAACAGCGAAACUUUUCUACAUCACGUGGGUGACGAGAAGACGCCUUUACUCUCUAAGAAGGCAGAAAAAAGCAGUUUUGUUCUAGAAUGUUCUAUCAGCAAAUCGAGCCUUUAGUCUUCUAUAGUUAUUGCAUUUAUGACUUUCAUUAAAAGUUUAUAACAAAUAUUUGUCUGCUCAUAAAUAUGCCUUGUAGAACUGAUACAUACAUCAACAUAACCACAUGAUAUUUAUUUAUUCAUUUAACAUCUAGAACAUCUACACUUCAACCAUUAAAUUGUCCGUGUA